UUCCCUCCAUCUAGCCAUGCUCAAUUUCAUUCCCAAGACGUGCCAGUCGGUGUCGUUCCUGUACGGAAAGCGUGCCGUGCAGAGGAUCGCUGUUGGAGCUGCUGGACGGGAGGUGGAGGUCCCCAUCGACGUUGUGAGGGACAUCCCAGAAAUGUGCGACACGUCAGCAUCGUACAUUGGAAAUAAAUAUCAAGCGCUGCCAUGGAAUGAGUUCAUCCGUAUUAAACUCGAUGCGCGAAAUUUGAUGGACGCUAACGUCAAGACUGCCCUCACGGAUUUGGACUGGUACGAGAAGGUUAGGGCGGUCUAUGCUACCUCGCAAACGGCAACUGAAAUGGAUGUCGUAUCGAAAAUGACGGAGCAGAUGGCUGGCAAGGGCUUGAAGUACCCGGUCGCAAAGCAGUAGGUUGAUGACAUUAUUGACAUUUUUGGGAGUAUUUCCUGCGUGUCGGCUCUGCGGUUUCGAUG